CGCACCACCACCACCACCACCCCCUCUUCCACGGCCUUCCUUAAAACAAUUAUAACCAUCUCCUCCCUCUUCAUCUCCUCUCAUCUCUCAUCCUAAAAACAUCUAGAAACAUGUCUAUCCAGGGCUUCACUGAGGUUGACCAGCUCGCUGUCAACACCAUCCGUACCCUUGCGGCCGAUGUUGUCGCCAAGGUGAGUUUGACCGCGCACACAAUUCCAACUUUCGCUGACCACGUUUCUAGUCCAACUCGGGUCACCCCGGUGCUCCCAUGGCAAGGCAUGGCCCCCGUCGCUCACGUUCUCUGGAGCCGUUUCCUCAACAACAACCCCAAGAACUCGCACUGGUACAACCGUGACCGCUUCGUUCUCUCGAACGGCCACGCUUGUGCUCUCCAGUACAUCCUCCUCCACCUUGCCGGCUACAAGGUCUCGCUCGACGACCUGAAGAACUUCCGUCAGGUCGACUCGAUCACCCCCGGCCACCCCGAGGUUGGCAUCACUGACGGUAUCGAGGUCACCACCGGCCCCCUCGGCCAGGGUAUCUCCAACGCCGUCGGUCUCGCUAUCGCCCAGGCCCACGUCGGCGCCGUCUUCAACAAGGACGGCUUCCCCCUUGUCAACAACAAGACCUACGUCUUCCUCGGUGACGGCUGUCUCCAGGAGGGUGUUGCCUCGGAGGCCGCCUCGCUUGCUGGUCACCUCCAGCUCGGCAACCUCAUUGCCAUCUGGGACGACAACCACAUCACCAUUGACGGUGACACCGCCGUCUCGUUCACCGAGGACGUCGAGGCCCGCUUCCGCUCGUACGGCUGGGAGGUCCUCCACGUCACUGCCGGUGACAACGACCUCAACGCCAUUGCUGGCGCCAUUGCCGAGGCUCGCGACAACAACGCCAAGCCCACUCUGAUCGCCCUCAAGACCACCAUUGGUUACGGCUCGACCAAGGCCGGCACCCACGACGUCCACGGCGCCCCCCUCAAGGCUGACGACAUCAAGCAGCUCAAGACCAAGUUCGGCUUCAACCCCGAGGAGUCGUUCGUUGUUCCUCCCCAGGUUGCCGACCUCUGGGCCAAGAAGGCCCAGGCCGGUGAGAAGGCCAACGCCGAGUGGGACGCUCUCCUCAAGAAGUACGAGGCUCAGUACCCCCAGGACGGUGCCGAGUUCACUCGCCGUGUUGAGGGCCGUCUCCCCGACGGCUGGGAGAAGCACCUCCCCGUCUUCACCCCCGACCAGCCCGCCGUUGCCUCGCGCAAGCUCUCGGAGAACAUCAUCAACGCCCUUGCCCCCCACAUCCCCGAGCUUGUUGGUGGCUCGGCCGACCUUACCGGCUCGAACCUCACCCGCUGGAAGGGCGCCGAGGACUUCCAGCCUCCCUCGACCGGCCUUGGCUCGUACGCCGGCCGCUACUUCCGCUUCGGUGUCCGUGAGCACGGUAUGACCGCCAUCUGCAACGGUCUUGCCGCUUACGGUGGUCUCAUCCCCUUCGGUGCCACCUUCCUCAACUUCGUCUCGUACGCCGCCGGUGCCGUCCGUCUCUCGGCUCUCUCGCACCUCCGCGUCCUCAACGUCGCCACCCACGACUCGAUUGGUCUUGGUGAGGACGGCCCCACCCACCAGCCCAUCGAGACUGCUGCCUGGCUCCGUGCUACCCCCAACCUCGAGUUCUGGCGCCCUGCCGACGGCAACGAGACCUCGGCCGCCUACCUUGUCGCCAUCAAGUCGGUCCACACCCCCUCGGUUCUCGCUCUUUCGCGCCAGAACCUCCCCCAGCUCGAGGGCUCGUCCAUUGAGAAGGCCUCGAAGGGUGGUUACGUCCUCCAGGAGGAGCAGAACGCCGACGUUACCCUCGUCUCGACCGGUUCGGAGGUUUCGAUUGCCGUUGACGCCGCCAAGGUCCUCCGCGCCAAGGGCCUCAAGGUCCGCAUCACCUCGAUCCCCUGCUUCAUCACCUUCGACCAGCAGCCCCACGACUACAAGGUCGCCACCCUCCCCUCGGGUGCCCCCAUUGUCUCGAUCGAGGCUUACUCGACCUUCGGUUGGGCCAAGUACUCGCACGAGCACAUUGGUAUCGACACCUUCGGUGCCUCGGGCCCCUACCUCCAGGUCUACAAGAAGUUCGGCCUCGACGGCGAGCAGAUUGCCGCCAAGGUCGAGAAGGUCGUCGACUUCUACAAGAAGCGUGGCGUCCAGGUCUUCUCGCCCCUCGACACUGCUCUUUAAGCGAAGGAAAAUAUAGUUUGGCGGCUAACGCGCCGUGUAGAUCGAGAUGAUACAUAGCAAUGUAUGAGGUUGGAUAAA